UCGCCCCUCGAUCUGCUGGUGUCGCUCUCCCCCCAACCCAACGCCCUUACCCCGAGUCUCUACAUAAGUUAAUAAUAGUAAAAAUACCAGAUCUCUAACUCUUUCCUAAUUCCAUUAUUGUACGAUUCUUCCCCCCCCCUCCUUUCGCGGGAAAACGAUGGUCUCCUCCUCCAACGUCUCUACCCCAAACCCUUCAUCCUCGGAAUACACGUUCCCGUCGCAUCGAUUACGAGCGCUACAAGACAGAACCAAGACGCCCUUGGUCCUGGUAGCGUGCGGGAGCUUCUCGCCAAUAACGCACAUGCAUUUGCGUAUGUUCGAGAUGGCGGUGGAUCACGUCAAGCAAGGGAUGAACGAGUUUGAGGUUGUGGGCGGGUACUUGAGUCCUGUCAGUGAUCGAUAUAAUAAGGCUGGUUUGGCGAGUGCGGCUCAUCGAGUACGAAUGUGCGAACUAGCUUGCGACGAGACCUCUGACUGGCUAAUGGUUGACCCUUGGGAAGCCGUACAACCAGAGUACCAACCCACAGCGGUAGUCCUCGACCACAUCUCUCACGAAAUAAACCACAACCUCGGCGGCAUUCCCUACCCUACACCCCCACCCCUAUCCACCAACCACCUAGCUGUGCCCCCUACCACUACCACUCUACGUAAACCCGCCCGAGUAAUGCUCCUCGGGGGAUCCGACCUCCUACAGACAAUGUCGCAACCGGGUGUUUGGUCGCAGUCUGACCUCAACCACAUCCUCACCACUCACGGUCUCUUCAUAAUUGAGCGAUCCGGCAGCGACGUUUCCGACGCCCUCGCCCCGCUGAAGGAGUGGAGCGAUGCCAUGGGAAAGAACUGGAUGGAGAACAUACAUGUUGUUCGCCAGUUGAUUGCCAAUGAUAUCAGCUCCACACGCAUCAGGCAAUUUCUUAGGCAGGGGAUGAGCGUGCAGUAUCUUUUGCCGAAUGUCGUGAUUGAGUACAUCCGCGAGAGGGGGUUGUAUAGAGAUGUGGAGGAUUUCAGGGAGAGCAGGGCAAGUUCUAUGCCCCCGCUUAGACGGGGGGCGGUUGAUCGCGCUGUUAGGAAGAAGAGUGGGUUUGUCGAAGCUGAAGGUGGUGAGGCGGAUGGUGGCAAUGAGGGGGAGGGGGAGACGAGGGGGAGGGAGGUAUAGUUGGUCUAAAGGGAAGGGUGGGGAGGCUUAACUUGAGAGGCAGUCAUCAGACCAACGGAAGAGAAGUGUAUACUGUGGAACGAAGCUAGACGUGAAUAUGAGGAGUUGCUUUUUUGUUUUUAUUCCUCCCUUUCCUCUCCCUCCUUAUUCAUCUGUUUACUUAUCCUAUUUCUAGAAGUUUUAGAUUGUAUUGUACCGGUACCUUGUGCUUUAACAUUAUGAUCAUUAAAUACCGUAGCCAUUUACACAAAUCAUCACUCGAGGGACAUCUCCGCAACAAAAAUAGAACUUCAGCAAGUCUGCCCCGGCUCCCCGAGGGAGUUAACCGCGAGGUGGAAGGACUACAUGCGGUACAGCGCUCUUUCGGAAGUACUACCAUAUAGUGCACUUAUUGGCACACACGCGCGCCAGAUCCUCAAUCUGCGCCCCGUAACCCAGCGAAAUCCAUCUGACGCAUACUCACUCCAUCUCUGGCCUUCUAGGUAUCACUUCCCCAUCGCAAUGCCAAACUACCGUCACGCAUCGUGGGUUAUCAUUGCUGAAUAAUCACCACCCAGCGCAACGAGGGGGGGAGAAGAGAAAAAGAGAAAAAAAAAGGCAACUUCCUAAUAGCAUAAAGCACAAGUCUUGAUAUCUUAGGAAAAAUUAAUCACUUCCCAGAUGAACCGGGCACGAUAGAGUCAGAGCAGGAAGGUAGCUGCCGAGGUCAACAUACCUUAUCCCCCAAUAAUCAAAAUCUCGCGACAUCCCCCAAAAUUCUGAGGAGCGCUUCACUUGCCCUGCACUGAGGGUUUUCUUUUCGAUUUUUAUACGCCGGCAUUCCACAAGAUACCUUUGUGUAGCCGCUGACGGUGGCCCUCGAGGUAUAAUAUGGCGCUAGCAUCACUUGUUGAUAUGUAUCAUAUCAUACAUGGCGGUUAACACCCGGGGUCAUUGGCCUCCACAUAUUCUCAAUGGGAUGGGUGAAAUGGGUAUCUGUUGGCG